AUGGCUGCUGUGUCUCCAACCACCAGAUGCCAGGAACCAGUGACAUUCGAGGAUGUGGCCAUAAUCUUCACAGAGGAGGAGUGGGGACAUCUGGUACCCAUUCAGAGAGAUCUCUACAAGGAGGUGAUGCUGGAGAACUAUACAAGCAUUGUCUCAUUGGGACUUCCAGUUCCUCAGCCUGAUGUGAUUUUUCACUUGAAGAAAGAGGAAGAGGCAUGGGUAGUUGAUCUUCAUGAAUCUGAGGAGAGAGAAUGUCCAGAGAAUGUGUCUCUAGAUUUGGUGACUAAGCAUGAGAGUCAAGAUACUUCAGAAGAAGAAAUCUCUGAAGAAACAUUGAGAGAAAGUUUUGAAAAUAAAGGCCCUAUAUGUCCUAAGUUAGAAGUUUACAUAUCAGAGGAUGGGUUGGAAACAGAGGAGGAAAACUCUGAAGUGGAAAUUUACAAGAAAUCCUUUUUCCAAGACAAAAGCUUGCAGGAAGGGUCAUUUCCUUCCAAAAACAUUCUUAUUAAAGAGCGAGACCAAGAAUGCAGUGACUGUGGGAAGACCUUUUUUGACCACUCAUCCCUUACCCGCCACCAGAGGACUCACACUGGAGAGAAGCCCUAUAAAUGUCAUGAGUGUGGGAAAGUCUUCAGUCACAGGAGCAGUCUCAGUCGACAUCGGAUGUCCCACACUGGGCAGAGCCCAUAUGAAUGUAGUGAGUGUGGAAAAGCCUUCUUCGACCGUUCGUCCCUCACUGUGCAUCACCGAAUCCAUACUGGAGAGAAGCCCUUUAAAUGCAGUGAGUGUGGGAAAGCCUUUUUUGACCGUUCAUCUCUUACUCGACACCAGAGAAUCCACACUGGAGAAAGUCCAUAUCAAUGUAAUCAAUGUGGGAAAGCCUUUAGCCAAAAAAGUAUCCUUACUCGACAUAAGCUAAUCCAUACUGGUAGGAAGCCUUAUGAAUGUAAUGAGUGUGGGAAAGCCUUCUAUGGUGUCUCAUCACUGAAUAGACACAGAAAAGCUCAUACUGGAGAACCUCGCUAUCAGUGUAAUGAGUGUGGGAAAGCUUUCUUUGACCGCUCACCCCUUACUCAGCAUCAAAAAAUUCAUACUGGAGACAAGCCAUAUGAAUGCAGUGAAUGUGGGAAAGCCUUUAGCCAGAGAUGCCGGCUUACUAGACAUCAGAGAGUUCAUACAGGAGAGAAGCCCUUCGAAUGCAGUGUGUGUGGAAAAGUUUUCAGUUCAAAAUCAUCAGUUAUUCAACAUCAACGACGCUAUGCCAAACAGGGAAUAGAUUGA